CCAAUAUUAAACGCGUUUGGGGUGGUUAGCUCUCUGGAGUGCACCCACGACUCCGAUCUGACUCUGGCUAUGGUUAGUCCGAUUCUGACUCUAGCACAAUCAGAACCUCUAGUUCCGUGCAGAGUCAGAGUUCUCCAGAGCCAGAGUCGCUCAGAGUCUUCCGGAAUCGCCCAAAGUCGAAGUCGGCCGGAGUCAGCGGGAGUCGGAAUCGGCCUGAGUCAUUUAAUUUUGUGGUGUUGUUCUUUUGUUUCUCUUUCGCAUUGCGCGUGCAAUUCUCAAGCAGGCCAUUCUUAAAAAGAAUAGCGUCGGAGUUGGAGAUGAUAUACCCGACCACAAACAAUGCACUCGCCACCUCCGGCCGUCUCAGAACGGCCCCAACUCCGAUCGACUCCGACUCCGAUGACUCCGGAAGACUCUGGAUGUCUCCUACUCUGGACGAUUCUGGACGGCUCCAGAUAAAACUGGCUGGACCUACCUCCUGGAGUCGAUUCCGAAAUUUUCAAAGUCGGAUCGGAGGCGAAUCCGACUAUUUGCCAACUUUAUCCAUCACUAAUGUAGAUCAUAGUAGAGAGCACCCUAGCUGCUCCUCAAAUAACAGCAGUUUUGAACGCUUUGAGUCACUUGGGUCGUCACGUUCGCUCGUUGCUGUCAAAUCAGCUGCUGUCAGCUGGUUUUGGUUUGUUUUGUUUUGAAUUUCAUCGCACGCACCGCUCUCCCACAGGAACUUAGUCAUUCCACUGUGAAAUUGAUACAAUCUUUGCCAAAAUGUUAGACAAAGUGAAACACAUUAUCCUUGUGCUUUCCGGUAAGGGUGGGGUAGGUAAAUCUACCGUCAGCACACAGCUCGCCCUAACGCUGGCCGAAGCCGAUCACAAGGUUGGCCUGCUCGACAUCGACCUCUGCGGCCCUUCCGUACCGUACCUGCUCGGGCUGGAGGAUCGCGAUGUGCACCAGUGCGACGAGGGUUGGGUGCCGGUGUACACUAGCGCGGAAAAGCGGCUGGCCGUGAUGUCGAUCGGCUUUCUGCUGAAAAAUCGUUCCGAUGCCGUCAUCUGGCGCGGGCCGAAAAAGACCGCCAUGAUUAAGCAGUUCCUCGAGGACGUGAACUGGGACGAGCUGGACUAUCUGAUCAUCGACACACCGCCCGGCACGUCCGACGAGCACAUCACCGUGAUGGAGUGUCUGAAGACGGUCCGCACGGAGGGUGCGAUUAUCGUGACGACGCCGCAGGAAAUGGCCCUGGAGGAUGUGCGGAAGGAGGUGACGUUCUGCAAGAAGACGGGCAUUCCGAUACUGGGGAUCGUGGAGAACAUGAGCGGGUUCGUAUGCCCGAACUGUGCGGAAUGUACGAACAUUUUCUCGUCCGGCGGUGGACAUUCGCUGGCGGAGCUGGCCAAGGUGCCCCAUCUCGGCACGCUGCCGAUCGAUCCGCGCGUCGGUGAGCUGGCUGGAACGGGCAAAGCGUGCGUGAAGGAACUGCCCGACUGUACGACGAGCGAAGUGUUGAAGGAACUGGUUCGAACGCUUACGACGGUUGGCCAAUAAAACUAAGUGUUGUUAAAGUGUAUUUGUAUAUAUUAAAAAAAAGGUUUUUCUCGUUUCUCGUUCACACUUCUAUAGCAAAUGGUCACGCACCGUCACCUUGUGGUAGUAGUGGGGCGCUAUCUCCGGUAGCCACUGUUGCUGAAUCACGGUCAAAUCUUUCAUGAACAGCUUGGUCGUAUGAAUCAGCUCACAGAACACCACCCACUGGGGCUGCUGCUCGGUGUACAGGGCGGACAGUGGGUGUAUGCUUAGCUCCGUGUUACCCCGCACCGUCCGAUACACCCCCGAAUGGUGCAGAUAGGCCGCGUACGGGAAAAACCCAGCCACAAUGCAGCGGCAAAUCGUUUCCACAUUGCCACCGGCGGAAAGGAGCGGAAUAUUUA